AUGGCUAAGAAAACGCAGGACAACGGCGCUAUGACGGCUCUGGAUUGGGACGACGAGGUUCCUAAGGCUCUUGCGGAAAGGUGGCAAGCAUUUCGGGACGGCUUGCUGGGGAUAGACGGCCUGAGCAUACAGCGGUGGAUUCAUUAUUCCCCAGGAUCCAUAGUAUCAGCUCAGCUGCACGCGUUUUGUGACGGGUCUUCCACGUCCCUUGCAGCUACUACUUAUCUAAGGCUCGAGCACGGGGAUGGAGCGUGCUACGCCUCGCUGUUGGCCGCAAAAUCAAAGGUUACCCCUACUAAACCCCUAACCAUACCAAGAACGGAGCUGAGUGGUGCAGUGCUAGCCGUCAAGUUGGUGAAAUGGCUUACAACGGCUAGGUGGCUAAAUGACCUUCCCAUCCAGACCUUUUAUUGGACGGAUGCCACGAUUCUUCUUCAUUGGCUGCACGGGGACGUCAAUAGAUGGAAGACGUUCGUUGCCAACAGGGUCGCCUUCAUUCUGGACCACUCGUCGCCAUCGCAAUGGAGACAUGUAGGUACUAGCGAGAAUCCAGCGGACUGUGCGACAAGAGGGCUUCCUCCGAGCGAGCUAAAGGAUUUUGAUUUGUGGUGGCGAGGCCCGGAGUGGCUUACACGCAAGCAAGGUGACUGGCCUUCGACGGAGAUCGGGCAGGUCGACAUACACGAUGCCGCGCUGGAGGCAAAGGCGGACAAGGUACGCGUUCACCUGGCAGUUCCGCAACCAUCGUUGGUUGAGAGGUUUUCCAGUUUCAGCCAGGCCAUAAGAGUCACAGCAUUUAUAAUUCGGUUCAAAAGCAAUGCUAUUAGCAAAGGAGAGAGGUGUACCGGUCCCCUAAGCAUUAAGGAGCUCGACUAUGCUUUACUCGCCAUCGUGCGCAUUGUUCAAAGGGAGUCCUUCUCGUCUGAGCUGGCCGCAUUGAUGAAUUCUAAACGGCUGCCCUCCAAAAGCAAGCUUCAGAGUUUGUCACCGAUCGUGGUGGAGGGAAUCUUACGAGUGAGGGGGCGAUUGCGCCAUUCGGGGCUAUCAUACGAACGUCGGCAUCCAAUAAUCCUCCCAAGUUCUCAUAUUUUUACAGAGCUAGUAAUACGGUACUCGCAUACUUUGACUCUGCACGGAGGUGCGCAGCUGACCUUGGCCCACGCUCGCCAGCGGUUCUGGAUACUGACGGGGAGGCAAGCAGUUCGAAGGGUGCUACGGAAGUGCGUGAGGUGCUUUCGCACCCGGCCAACCCCCUCGGCUCAGCUCAUGGGAGACCUGCCGCUACACAGGGUCAACCCCCCUAACCGACCGUUCCUGGCGACGGGAGUUGACUACACAGGCGCUAUAGAGCUGAAGGCAGCGGGCUUGAGAGGAACCAGGUUCUACAAGGGAUACAUCGCCGUUUUCAUUUGUCUGGCGACGAAGGCUGUACACUUGGAGGCAGUGACGGGUCUCACCACGGAGCAUUUCUUACUGGCUUUAGACCGGUUCACCGGGCGGCGAGGGAUGGUUCAACAUCUAUACAGUGACAACGGAACCAACUUUAUCGGCGCGGAUAAUCUAAUGAAGGCAUUAUUCGGAAGGCUGCAGGAGGAUUACGAGAAGCUCAUAGCCCCAAAGCUCGCUGCGCAGCGUGCCACUUGGCAUUUUAGUCCACCUCAAUCGCCCAACUUUGGCGGGCUGUGGGAGGCCAAUGUGAAGUCGGUGAAGCACCACCUUAAGAGGGUCAUCGCCGAUCGACGGCUCACCUAUGAGGAGUUAUCUACGGUGCUCAUAAGCAUAGAAGCAUGCCUCAACUCGCGGCCGCUGUGCCCUCUCACAGCCGAUGCUGACGAUCUAGAGGUGCUUACGCCGGCUCAUUUUCUAAUUGGAGACUCCAUGUUGGCGCCUCCGGAGUAUAAACCGCAGUCCAAGUCCUUCGCAGAGCAGUUUCUUAUCCAGCAGUCAAUGAUUCGCCAUUUCUGGAAGGCUUGGAGUCGAGACUGGCUGGCUCAUCUGCAGCAGAGACCGAAGUGGUGUCAUGAGGCUGAAGGUUUGCAGUUGAACGACCUUGUCAUCAUCAAGGAUGACCGAUUUCCGCCGUCACAAUGGCUGUUAGGACGGGUCGUCGAGUUACACCCAGGGACGGAUGCGUUAGUCCGGGUGGUAACCCUUAAAACCAAGCAAGGCCAAUUAAAACGCUGCCCCGCCUACUACCCCCAGGAUGGACUGGACACGCGGAGAUGUCUAGGUCUAGCAUUGGCGGGCGGCAUGUUCAGUUUUGCUGCGUGUCCCACUGUGCGGGAGAGUGACGAUCAGCCGAUCGCUCGCUCGUCGCUGGACAGUGCAUACGAUGCGGGAAGAAGAGAAUGGAAGAGAGGGGAAAAAUCAGUCUGA